AUGGCCUCAAGCACACCGACUCUCCCGACCGCCCGGGUAAUCCAUGUCGAUACCCGUGGAGCGGUCAUUUUGGACGAAGAGUCCCCAGAGACGAGGGACAGUAGAGGAAUUUAUCUACCUAACCACAUUGAACCGGUGUCUCAUAUUGCUGUCGACGUUGGCGGUUCACUAGCAAAGGUCAUUUACUUCACUCGUUCACCGGAGCCACCAGCGUCUCCAUCCAUUGUAGCUACGAACGGGAGUAGCGUCCCCAGCGGCUUCACAACGCCGUCCUCUCAUUCCUCCGGCGAAGAAUCACAAAAUCCAAGUCCCGUGAAAAGGCUCAAUGGAGCACUUACACCGCUUGUAUUGGAGUCAGCUAACAACGGACACCAUGUACUCGGCGGACCGUCAACAAAUGACGAGGAACAGCAAAUGCUUCGGGAUACGCUAGUCCGGCGGGCAUCUUUACGACAUUUCCCUGGCGGCUCGCUCAAUUUCGAGCGUUUUGAGACGGAUAAUAUUCAUGAAUGCGUUGAGUUCAUCCAGACGCUCAUUGAGCGGUCUGCGCAAGUGAAUGGUGUAUCGAUUGAAGAGAUGCGCCAGGGCGUCAAAAUCAUGGCAACAGGCGGUGGUGCACACAGAUUCUACGAAUUAUUCAGCGAGACACUCGGUGUAGAGGUACGGAGCGAGGACGAGAUGGAAUGCUUAAUUGAGGGGUUGAAGUUUAUCACGCUCAUUCCGGAUGAAGUCUAUUAUUUCUCCGAUGAGCUGGUGCAGAAAGUGUCGAGACCGACACAUGGACAACAGCAGGAGAUUCCAAAUGUAUCUACGAAUUCAUCCGGUGAUGUUCCUCUUGAGCGACCGAGUGCGAAUCCGCCGCAAUACGCCGUGACAUUCGAGGGUAAUCCUACACCGCAAUUACCGUGCUUACUAGUCAACAUCGGUUCUGGUGUAUCAAUAAUCAAGGUCGACGAGGACGGGAAGUUUGAGCGUGUAAGCGGAACGAGCCUUGGGGGUGGAACUCUCUGGGGCCUGCUUAGUAUGCUAACUCCGGCACAAACCUUCGAUGACAUGCUGGCUUUAUCAGAGAAGGGAGACAAUGCGACGGUUGACAUGCUUGUCGGGGACAUAUACGGACAGGACUACAGCCGAUUAGGGUUAAAGUCAACUAUGAUUGCAAGCUCGUUUGGGAAAGUUUUCAAGAAAGGCCAGACGAAGCAGACGUUCGCACCGGAAGAUAUCAGCAAGAGUCUAUUGUAUGCUGUAUCAAAUAAUAUCGGCCAGAUUGCGUACAUGAAUGCGGAGAAGUACGGCCUUGAGCGUAUCUACUUUGGUGGUUGUUUCAUCCGGGGACAUGCGGCGACAAUAGCAACGCUUUCGUAUGCUAUCCGGUUCUGGAGUAAAGGGACGAAACGGGCAUUAUUCCUGCGACAUGAAGGAUUCCUAGGCGCGUUAGGAGCAUGGAUCAAGAAUAUAGAGCCGCAAACUCGAGAAAGCACCUGAUGUAGAUAUCUUUGAUCCGCCGAAAUUAAUCGCUUCUGUGCUAUCAGUUACACUUCUGCAUUGUUACAUCUUCCCUGGACCGGACUUGUGUGGCACGCAUUGAUCAUUCAUUGAUGAUAUUAAUAUUGGUCCAUUUAUCUAAAGCUGUGCAUUUAUACUAGCAUUACUUAUAUAUAGUACAACAGUUAGC